GCCAGUAUCGUUCAACUUUUUAGUGCUUGUGAUUGCUUGAGCUGUUUGCUACGUCUUCAGAUUACAAACAAAACAAAACUCUGCCAUGUCAAGUCUCGGGAACUCACGCAAGAACGUCUGCAAGCCACCUAGCGGCGGCACAUCAAAACCGUCACCCGCGUACAUGACAGCCUGCUAGAUAAAGAUUUCAAGCAGGUCUAGAAAAGUCCCAAAUUCCAGCCGCGAAAUGGACGGAAUCUGUCGGUGCUGCUCGGCGGAAAACGUUCCGAUGAAGUCCAUAUUCCAUGGCUUCGACGAGCAUCAUCCGCUGCUGGCGGUCAUUACGGACGUGCUGCGACUGGACAUCAUGGAGCACGAUGGACUGCCGGAACAAGUGUGCGAAAGCUGCUCGAGCAUCUUGCUGACGAUGCACGCAAGCAUCGAAGGUUUUCGGGCGCACGACGCCGCGCUCCGGGUGCGGUUCCGCGUUCCCGGGAUGACGAUGGCGAUGGCCGAGGUGGAGAUGAUCGAUAUAAAACCAACCAUCGUAAUGAAGGAAGAGAAAGAAGAAGAUAUAUUUGCGGAUGAUAAGCUGAUAGCCCGAAGAAGCAUAAAAUCAGAACGCAGAUCUAGCGAGGACGAUGACCCAGAUUGGGCUAUGCAGGACGAUAAUGCUAGUCACAACAGCGAUGAAAACGAAGCGGAAGAAUCGGAGCCGGCCAAACAACCCAGCAAUCCUGAUAAAGAUAUGGAGAUUAUUUUGGCCCGCCGAAAGCGAAAGCGCGAUCCCAACGCGCCCAAACAAAGAGACUACAAAUGCUACAUCUGCCCAGUUCCUAGCGAAUCGUUGACUCCACAAGUUCUGCUUGAACAUCUGUCCUCGCAUCUGAACGAGAUGCCAUUUACCUGCACCGAGUGCGUGAUGGAAACGGUUGUUCUGAAGAACGUUCGAUCGCUGAACGUCCACAAAAAGAUGCACGCCCAACCGUUCAAGUGCGAGUACUGCGACCGGCGGUACAGCAGCCCAAACGCCCGUGAUGGCCACGUAAGAACCUUCCAUAUGGGCGAAAGUGCGCCCUGUCCUUCGAAGUGUGACGAAUGCGGAAAAAUCUGCAAAUCCAUUGUCUCGCUCAAAAACCAUAUGCGUGAUCAUAAGCUGAACCUGCGUUGUUACCUGUGCGGUAAGGUGUUUCACCGGUACUCACAACUGCGAAACCACGUGAUUCGCGUCCACGAGAAGGGCGACAAGUAUGAAUGUAAACAGUGCGGAAGUGUGGUUCACAGCCUGGAAAGCUACAAUUCUCACCUGAAGAUGCACAACAAUGAAAAGACGUACGAAUGCAACCUAUGUCCGAUGAAGUUCUACACUGCGGGCAAUCUGGGUCUGCACAAGCGGAUUCACGCGAAAAAUCCCAACUACAAGACGCGGUUUGGGGCCUUCCGCUGCCAAGAUUGA